GGGUGUUGAAUCGGUCUCUGACCGUCCAACUGUUGCCGAUUGCUGGCUCGGCCGUAGAUAGGGCACUAUUUUUGGACCUAAAAUAUACCAAAAAUGACUCAGUUUGGAAAUCUGAAGUCCGACAGUGGUCUUAAAGCCCUUAAUGACUACCUAGGCGACCGCAGCUACAUUGAAGGCUAUGCUCCUACCCAAGCUGAUGUUUCCGUAUUUGAAGGUAUUGGGAAAGCCCCAUCUGCAAGCUUCCCACAUGCCCUUCGUUGGUACAAUCAAAUAAGUUCUUUUGGAGCUGAAAAGUCCAAGUUCCCAGGAGAAAAGAAAGCCUUGUCCAACAGUGCUCCCGCUGCUGACGAGGACGAGGAUGAAGAUGAAGAUGUCGAUCUCUUUGGUUCCGAUGAUGAAGAGGAAGAUGCAGAGGCAGCUCGUAUUAGGGAAGAGCGCCUUGCAGCUUACGCUGCAAAGAAAAGUGCCAAACCUGGUCCAAUCGCCAAGUCACAGAUUAUGUUGGAUGUUAAGCCUUGGGACGACGAGACAGACAUGAAAGUUAUGGAAGACCAAGUUCGUACUGUUACCAUGGAUGGUCUUGUUUGGGGAGCAAGUAAGCUUCAACCCCUGGCUUUCGGCAUCAAUAAGCUGAGCAUUCUUUGUACAGUAGAGGAUGCUAAGGUAUCAGUGGAUGACCUUACAGAAAAAAUAGAAGCUUUUGAAGACUACGUUCAGUCGGUAGAUGUAGCGGCAUUCAACAAAGUCUAAGUUUUUCAUAGUAGGGGCUUCCACUUGUUAACCUUGUUAACACUUGCGUAAAAAAAAAAAUAUCGAAAAAAAUAUUUUUAUUAAAGUGUCCUAUCUUAA